AUGCGUUUGGCGAUCCUAGCGUUUGCUCUCUUCUUUGUACUUCUUGCUUUUGCACAGGGAGAUGAGAAUCGGCUGGCAUUAUUAUUACCAUCACCACCAUCCUCUAUUACACCAGCAGCACCCACCCCCGAAACAUGGUACCAGGUUGAACCAGUGGCGAAUGCCUAUUUAAAAAGACAACAAGAACAAGCAGCAGCAAUACCAACAUCCACUGUACAACAACAACAAGAUGAUGAUGAUGAUGACCAAACAGUGGUUUUAAACGUCACAACGGUGGUGGUGGCAGCGAACGACAACAUGACCGAAACAACUUUAAAGGAUGCAAAUGACAGCAGCAGCGUCAUUGCGGAUCAACUUGAGGAUAAUCAAAAUGCGUUACACGAUAUGACGCUUGUGGUGGUACUUGUGUGUAGCAUCAGUGGGACGGCAGUGGUGAUAUGCGCCAUCAUCUUUGCAUGGUUCAAGAUACGCAAACAUAAAAAACAACGAGAAGCCAAAAAGGCACAUCAUCACCAUAAGCAUCACUCACCAUGCUCAUCCAUGCAUUCUACUCAUUCAAUAUCACCCAAACCCCCAUUUUCCAAUUGCAAUCAUGAGCCAUGCACCAAACCAGAAAAUUGGCAAGACGCUGGAGGUGGUGCUGGUAAUGCUGUAUCAGGGAUACACAACAACAACAAUCAUGAUCGAUUAUCGUCAUCCGAUGAAUCCACUAUUAUUAUCCCACCCCACAAUGCUGGAUCAACAUCAGCACAACCAGCUCCUUCUGCACCAACAGAAAAGGAAUUAGGGGAAUCAUCGUCACCAUUACAGCUACCACACCCAUCCAUUUAUAUCCAUAGCUCGGAUUCAAUAUCAUCCUCCACCUCUAUAGCCUCUUCACAACAACAACAACAGCAGCAGGAAGUAUACCACCAUCUUGACACUAUUCCCCCUCCUCCUGCAUAUACACCCACACCACCACCUGAAUCCAACACACCAUCAUUGCUAUUGAUGGGACACCCUGCUGCUGCUACUGCUUCAGUACCUUCAUCCAUGGAACGUAUUUCAUUACCUGUUACCACAUCCGCAGCACCUGCUGCUGCUACCUUACCCGGCUUCACGGAUUCACCAUUACCCUAUCACAACAGAAACAGCGAGCCAUGA